AUGCAUUUCUUCCGCAUUCUCGUUCUCGCUUAUUUGGUCACGUUCGCGACAUCGAAGAUUAUCUUGACAACCUGCGCCAGAAUGAACACGCCGAUUUUGAGCAAAGCCGCACAGGGUCUCUGCAUCACCAGCUGUAGUACCCAGAAUUGUGGAACGGGAACCUGCAAAAAACGCAAAGGCCGUCCGGUUUGCGUGUGCUCUCGAUGCGCCAAAGGAGGAAAUGUUCCCCUCGGAUCUGUCAUUUCAAAAGGAUAA